CGCUCGCACAUUCAUAAACACGACCGUCAACAACACCGUCAUGUAUACUUGUAACCCAGGGUAUGACUUUAUUGGAAUGACAAAAAUUCGUUGCCUUGAAAAUGGAACCUGGGGAGCACUCGAGGCUCAUUGCACCAUUAAAGACUGUCAAGACCCGCCAGUUCUGCACAAUGGCUACCGCAACGCAACAUCUACAACGUACAAUUCAACUGUCAUAUAUUCGUGCAACCCUGGUUAUAGAAUGUUUGGAGAGAGCUCCAUCACGUGUCUGGAUACUGGGAACUGGAGCGAACUGCUUGUCAACUGCACCAUAAAGGAUUGUGGGAACACUUUUAUGGAGAAGGGCGAAUGUAACGCUACCUCGACAUUCUUCAAGUCUUCUGCAAGAUGUUCCUGUCAUAGAGGCUACCACUUCACAGGAAUUAAUAGCAGCAUUGAGUGUCUUGCUAACGGAGUCUGGAGCGUGGUUCAAGGCAAUUGUGUGAUAAAUGAUUGUGGACAGCCUCCGAUAGGCAAUCUAUCAACAAUACAUUUCCCACUGACAACAGUUAACGCCACGGCGAUAUACGCGUGUCUCCCUGGAUACAACACCACACAUAUUACAGAGCUCACGUGUACUGCUGACGGCAAAAGAUUUAGAAAUACCAAACUUUGCUCAGAUAUCGAUGAAUGCCUCAAAAGAAAUACGUGCCACUAUAAUGCCAACUGUACCAACACUGACGGCAGCUUCAAGUGUGAAUGUCAGACCGGAUAUAGAGACCAGGAUGGGGUCGGGGGACAGCGCUGUGCUGAUGUAGAUGAGUGCGCGUUUGAUGGUGACUUUUUCUGUAUGCAUGCGCUAAAUCAGACACGUUUAUGCGUGAAUAUUGACGGCGGAUAUGUGUGUGUGUGCAAUAAGGGAUUUACUGGAUCCAAAUGUGAAACCGAUAUCAUUGAAUGUAAUGACACGACCACGUGUGGUCCUCAUGCUGACUGUACCAACACGUAUGGUGGUUACUCAUGCGCAUGCCCGGACGGCUAUCCACAGGGAAACCCAUAUCUUGGAUGCUUUGAACCAGUUAUGCUGGACUUCAAAGCAGCUGGGGAUAGAUACAACGGUGACAACCCAAUGAUAGAUGCUUACCAUAUCUCGACAAGAUUGCCAUAUUUAGGCGAAUAUAUUAAUUGGUUUAAGCCAAGCAUGAACGGAUUCAUAUCACUAGAUUUCCAACCAUUGUACAAUGAAUAUGGAGGUGAAAAUGCCAGCGAGUGGAAGGCAACUGUUCAGAACCACAGAGUGAUUGCACCGUUAUGGACAAAUAUAGACAGUAGUAAUAUAUCAGACGGCGGGUUAUGGAUCCAUUCGUUUACGAAUAAACAGCAAAACAAAACAGACGACAUGGCAAAAAUCCAGGAUCUCAUUCGCACGUACACCAACCAGACCGAAUUCAAGAUCAGCGUGGCUAUGGUCGCCACGUGGAAGCACGUAACUGUCCACUCGCCCUACGAACCCGGAUAUGAACUCGUAAAGCACCAGAACCUGUCGAUGCAGUGCAUUCUGGUAUCGGACGGUAUGUACACAUACAUAAUGUUCAACUACGACCGGGAGCAGUUCAGUAUAAGACCGUUACCUGAAGUACCUGUUGCUAGUGGUUAUACAAAACUUGAUUACACGGGAGACAUUUUGUCUGACCGAUAUAACUUCACAAGACUUAAUCAAGGAUCCAAUGUUAUGCCAGAUUUUGCUGGACGUUGGCUUUAUAAUGUUACGGUCGUCACUGAAUCCAUGAAAAAUGAAAUCCUAUGUCAAAGGUUUUACAAAAGUCAUAAGAUUGAGCUGAAAACAUGGAUCCAGAAACAGCUUGAGUUUGCCCUGCCAUGCCCGUGUCAAGAGGUCCUUAUGAUGGAGGACUACACUUUCAACCGCAAUGACUCCCUACGUUCCGGAUUUGGAAGCCACAUGACAUGUUACGAGUCCUGGUUCUUCAGCGCCUAUGGCAUCAAACAAAGAUGCUGUUAUAUGUUCAGCAAACUGCAGACGCAGUACCCGGGUGCAGUAGCUGCAGAGUUUGAAAACAGAACUCUUGCCGGAUUACUCGAGAAGGGUUACAAUCAGUGCUGUUCGCCUGAUGGCAGUCACAAAUACUGUAACCUGUAUCAGGAGAUCAACCCGCCUGAUGAUUGCUCAAGAUACACGAUCAGCGACGAGAUACCGACAGACGGAGGCAGCAUGCAUGUCAUCAUCGGAAGAGUUAAAAAGUUGCUAGGCCUAUAAUUAAUGAAAUACAUUUUUGGAAUUUUUUGCUUCAUAUACAAAAAAAUAGUGUGCUGCAUAUGGUGUUAUCGCCGUGAAUGUAUAAUAAACUUAUAGCAUAAAAUGUAA